GAAGCGCUCCAAUUCAGAAUUAUUGACACAGUCCCAUGUGUUAAGAAACGUGUGCAGGUGAAUCUGGUAUUUUUAUUUUAAAAAAAAAUGAAUCCAAGCGCCAGAAUUAUGACUGCCUUCAUGAGAACUUUGAAAACAUUUCAUAUCACAUCAUUGAGUGUUCAAAGUCGAAGUAUUUAUCUGUUACCAAGGAGGAACGCGACAGAUUUUGUUCGUGGCUUCUUUUAUCGGAGUGAUGAGAGCUGUCUCCGCCUGAACUGUCGGCGUAAUAAUUAUCGAAGCCCAGCUCAAAAUCAACCGCUCCAGCUGCAUAGAUUUUUGUGUUCUACGGCCACUUGCAACAGUGGAUCAUCAACUGAUAAAAGGCCAGAGAGUAAACUACCUAAAAUCUAUACAAGAACUGGUGAUAAGGGUACAUCUGUCACGAUAGCUGGGGACAGGAGGCCGAAGAAUGAUCAAGUCUUUGAAGCUCUUGGGGCCACAGAUGAACUUUCCUCACAGAUAGGGCUUGCAAGAGAGUUUGUGCUGGCAGCAAAUUUAGAAGCCACAAAUCUACAGCUAGAGGAGAUUCAAUGCAUUCUUCAAGAUGCAGGUUCCAACAUUGCCACUCCUAAGAGUUUAGCUUCCAAGAAUCAGCUGGCGAUGACGGAGUUCAACAAUGAUACUGUAGAGAUGUUGGAAACUUGGAUAGAUGAAAUGACGACGUCUCUGCCUCCACUGAGAAACUUCAUCCUUCCGUCGGGAGGGAAGGCUAGCAGCGCUCUCCAUGUCGCGAGAUCAGUAUGUCGAAGGGCAGAGAGAAGCAUUGCACCACUUUGUACAAGUGAUGAAAUUGAUCUUGCAGUUGGUAGAUUCAUCAACAGGUUAAGUGACUACUUGUUUACAGCUGCUAGAUACGUUGCCCAGGAAGAAGGGAAGAAAGAAACCAUCUACAGACGAGUCAAGCCAAAAGACAAGAAGUGAGACAAGGAGAAUGAGUCUUUUAUUCAUACAGUUUUAUGUUCAAUGUCCCUCCCUGUCACUGCAUUCUUCUUUUCUCCUCAACUUUAUAUAUUUAUGAACUAUUAUGAAUUGUAUGAUGAGGAUGAGAAGAUGAGAAAGCAAGCUCCAUGAUAUCUUCUAAUCUUUUCCCAGGAAAGAUGACUUUAAAAAGGUCCAUGAUCUUGUCUCCUUGUAUUACCACCUUGAAACAUAAGCAUGACAAUAAACAAGAUUUUUUUGUUUAUUCUCGCCUAUCACAUUUGACAAGUUAACUUAAAAAGAUCGUGGAUCUUGUCUCCUUGCCUCACCUUCUUAAAAACAUUCAUCCUGGCAAUAAACAAGAUCUUGUCUGUGUCCUCUCACUUUUACAUUUAUCAAAUUAACUUGACAAGCUCCUGGAUCUUGUCUCCUUGUCUUACCAUCCUGAAAAAAAUCAACAUGACAAUUUCCAUAAUAUCUUAUUUUUGUCUCCUCAUGUUCCAAAUUUAACAAGUCGACUUUAAGAUUGUCCAUCUUAUUUUCUUGUCUUCUCUUCCUGCGAAAUUUGACUUCAUGUGAUUCAGGAUCUUGUAUUAUUGUCUUCCCAGCAAAAAAAGGAUCAAUUAUAUCAGUAACAAGACUCUUCACUUUGUCUCCUUGUCUUUUCAUUCUGACAAAGUCAACUUGUUAAGAUUUAUCCCCUUGUCAUAUUGUAUUAUCGCUGUGACAAAGUCAUAAGCAAGAUCUCGGAUUUUGUUACUUUAUAUGCCCAUCCAAACAAAAAGAUCAACCUAACAAGAUGCCAGAUCAUGUCUCCUUGUCUUUUCAUCCUGAAAAAUCUUACCUGAUGAGAUCUAGGAUCUUGUAUUCUUGUCCUCUCAUCUUCUCGUCCUGACUAGGUUGACAUGCAAGACCUUAUCUCAUCUUCUUGAUUCAUUUUAUCUCCUUGUCAUGAAUUAUAUCACUAUCUACAUAUAGAAGCAUAGUUAGGCUCCUGUAUGAAUCAGGUCAUAAAGAGAAGAAAAGUACAAAUUCUAUAGAAUAUUGUGCAAUAUAUGGUGUAUAUGCAUUUAUUUUUGCUUGGAGAUAUAAUAUUCCAUGUGGUUUGAAUCAAUGCAAUUUUCCUUUAAUAGACAAACUUGUUUAACUGAGUAGGAGCAUAUAACUAUGCCAAAAUAAAUAAGGGCUCACCAUUAAAAUCUUUCUGCUACCUUCUACAAAAUAGUUCAGGGACCUGUUUCAUAGAGCUUGUUAUAACAUCAAAAUUAUAAUAGCAGUUUAAAGUACUGAAAUCAUUCAAUAUGAUUGCCUGAUAGUAAAUUUGUUAUAGAAAUUGGGCAACAUAAACCAGUAUUUGUGAAUCUCAGGGCCCAGUGCUGCUUUUUUUUUUGCGCCACCAUUAUCCCCAACUGGUCUGUCCAUUGCAAACACAUCGUUCAUGGGUAGCAUGCUAGUGGCACCAUAACAUUCUGAUCUGAUAAACAAUUGGAGAGUUAAACACUUGCGAAAACACUCUGAUUGAGGUGUACUGGCCCCACAAUUAGGUCCAUCUAUCUUUUGAUUUACUUUUAACAAAUUGAACAUUACAACCAUGAAAUAUACAGUGCAUCCCAGAAAAAGGGAAACCAGGAUUCCCAUGUCUUUUUACUUCAGAGGCAAAUAAAUUUUGAUAUUUCAUUUGAAUAAUCAUGUAAUUCAAUUAUUCCUCUUUAUUUUGAUAACCAAUUUAAGACAAAUACUUCACGCAUUAAUGAGCAAGACGAGUUGGAAAUUUUAAUGUCAAAACCAGGUUGUGCAGAAAAAUUGGGACAAGAUUGGUUCGUGAUACGACAACUGUGCAUAUUCGACGAUUAGCAAUUAGCAUUUCUUUUGUAUUCUUUGUUAAGUGUCUCUCACUGAUCCCUGACAUGAGAGUGGAAUCAGAUUCACACAUCAGUUUCUGCAAAAAAUUGUUUCUGAUAUGCCUCAAUAUUUAUUGUUUGUAAUCUGACAUGCAUGACCCACUUGCUAAGCUGUUGGUUUCACAUGAGAGAUGAGAUUCCACUCUUGCCAGGAGUAUCAAAUUUAUAGUACAUGUAAAAACAUAUUUAAUAAUUGUGAAAUCUAUCUCUGAAAAUGGGUUUCCUUUUUUUGUGGGACGCACUGUAUAGGCAUACAAUCACAGCUCUCAUUAUGUAAAGAGAAGAUUUUACAGGUGUUUUGUUUUUUCCUAUGUUUAUAGGCUGUGAGACUUGAUCAAGGGUUUCAAUAUGAUAAGAUCUUCUACACUUUCUUCAAUGAUAUGUGCAUUGUAAAUUGAUAUAUAACUAUAAUAUCACAAUAUGUUUGAAUUCCCAAAAGAGCUUUAUACCAGGGCCCCGUCUUACAAAGAGUUAUGAUUGAUCCAAUCAAUCGUAACGAUGGAAAUCCAUCAGUGUCAUAAUUUUUUUCUACAGGAAAUUUGCAAAAUGUCCUUUGUAAACUCAGGAGAACACACCAUUUGUCAAUUGUCAAGAAAUCAAUGAAUUGAUGGAUGUACAUUCACAUCUAAUUUUUUUAAAACAAACAUGCAUUUUAGAUGUUGACUGUGCUGGCUUUCCAUAGUUGCGACUGAUUGGAUCAAUCCAUCAAAUCCAUGGACUGUGCAGAUUUCAUGCACCAUUUGAAAGAAAUUGCACAUUUUUUUCAUUGUACUUUCUCAGUUUAUGCGCUGCAUUACACUAUGGAUCUGCAUCGUUGCAUCUUAAUUGUACCCCUUCCUGUUUUUUGCCUCUUGUGAAUGUGGACCAUAUUUAAUGUUUGUAAAUAAACACAGAGACACUUUGGUCUAUGAACCUGUUUUACAAACAAUUUAUCUAAAAUCAACUUAAGAUUUACUCCGGGGGGGGGGGGGGGGCACUUCCAUUGAUAAGUGGAUACUAUGCGUGACCAUGAGGUUUCAAAAAGCACCCUAAAUAAGCAUUUUCCAUGUUCUGUAAAUGCACCCCCCCCUUAACAAGUAUUGGUGUAUGAAACCAUACCCUUAACAAGUAUUGGAAUUUGGAAACAAAACGGUACCCUUGACAAGUAUUCCUUGAUUUGACCCCCUAAACAAGUAGGGGUUAUGUUACGGACGUGAUCAUGGAUCAUUACUUUCAUUGGGUUUAGUACCACCGUACACACCUUGCUCAAAUUGGACCCUGAACGCGCAGUGUUGGGGCAAAAAGGUAUUUUAAUCUUUUUUAUUCCAUCACAAAUUGGACCAUAAACAAGUAGUUUUCCUAGCGAAAUAUAUACCCUUUUUUAUUAUUUUAGUGUUUUGAGACACCCUUAUUACAUUACAUGUGUAACAUGCCCUAUCUUGAAAAAAAAGAUCCUUUUUACCUGUUUUUUGGUCACGUAUGGUAUCCACUCAUCAAUGGAAGUGCCUGGCCCCCCCCCCCCCCCCCCCGGAAUUACUUCAAGUUUGAGUUGCAGUCUCAAAGAAAUCACUAUCAAAUCUGUGAUUGAUGUGAAUUGAUAAUAAAUGUUUAUGAAGGUGAGCCUUGGCAUCGUUCUUUCUGCUCUUUUAUGUGUAAACUAUAAAAUUGAUCAUACCUUGUUGAUUAAAUAUAUUAAUGGUAUUAUAUCAUUGA